AUGGACCGUCCCAACAAAGCCAUAUACAUGCUCUCCGAAGGGAAUCACGAGCUUCGUGUUAUUCAGGAACCUUACAUACCCAAACAUGCUCAGUCGCUAGUUGAUGUGCAGUACUCGGGAAUCAACCCUGCUGACACUCGGCAUAUGUACCUGAAUAUGACGAACUAUGUCGCUGGUUAUGAGUUCACUGGAACCGUCAAGCAAGUCGGUCCAGAGUCCCCCUUCAAUAUUGGUCAAGACAUCUUCGGCAUUUCCCUCAUGUACGACCGUCGACCAAACUAUCUCGGCGCUCAUCAGAGCUAUCUGCUCGCAGAACCAUUGAUGACAUUUCUGCGCCCAGAACACCUUGACCCCAUCACAGCUGUGACGCUUCUCGCUGGUGGAGGUACGGCGAUGGACGGACUCUUCAAUGUCCUGGGCUACGGAUUCCCACUUGCCGAUAUCCCCGGCAAUGAACCUAAAGAUGAACCGAUUCUCAUCUGGGGAGGUGCAGGCAGUGUUGGACAAGCCGCCGUUCAACUUGCAAAAGCAGCUGGUUUCUAUCCAAUUAUCACGACUGCCUCACCACAGAACCAUGGAGCGCUCAGGGACCUAGGGGCGAGUUACACCUUUGACUACAAGAGCCCAACUGUUGUACAGGACAUUCGCGCCUUGCUGGAGUCCUCGGGUUGGUCGUUGAAGACUGUCUUUGACGCAGUUUCUACAGGUCUGGGCGUUUUCGAAGGCCUCACUGAAGAGCAAGAAAAGGAAGUUCAGGAGAAAUACGACCAGAGUUCAUCGAGUAUGGCUCGUCAAUGCUGCGAUCCCAAGGUUUCAUCAACCGAGCUGCGUCUGACUUCCGUUCUCCCAGUCAAGAAAGAUCCAACUUAUGUAUUUUGUCUCAACUUUCGUCCUGUUGAGGUUCUUAGUAUUGGGCACGAGGUAGCUGAGUGGAGUGAAGAAUUUAAACAGGCUGAGGUGGCAAAAACGAAGACAUGGCAGGCGCGCAUUGAGAAAGGAAUUGAGUGGUUGAUUGGAAACCAUGAAAAGUAUUGGGAACCUCCCAGGACCAGGGUGGUCAAGGGCGUUGAGGAAGGUCUCCAAGGGAUUCGCGAUGUUUGGCAGGGGAAAGUCAGUCGCGAGAAGCUUGUUAUCGACCAUCGCAUCUGA